AUGUCCGUCGAUCCUGCCGUUGUCAAGCGUAUAUCGCUAUGGGUCUACGAAGCAGCUUCCGCUUUCAAUAUAUUCUACUGCAUUACCCUAUCAUUAGCUAUCAAGACAUCCAAAAAUAAGUCCCUACCUGCUACUUAUAUCUACAACAUGGCAAUUUCUAACGCCUUACUAGUCAUGUUCGGUGUAGCAGUGUACAUACUCCCUUAUUACAUGUCGGACAAAACCUAUAAAAUAUACCGAGAUACUAUUGGACCCCAGAUUUCUGUUGGUGUUACAUUUCUGUAUCUGCACCCAAUGCUCACUCUCAUAUUGAUGACAAUCAACCGAAUCGCAGUGGUUCUGAGCAUGCAGGCUUCGAAACUGUUCACAUCGAAUAAGAUAUGGUUCUACACCUCCUUGCAUAUGAUUGCCAAUUUCAUAUGUCUUUUGAUUCCAUACUUGAGUGAAUGUCAGAUCAAUUAUGACCAGCGAGCUGUCGGAUUUAUGUCCGAGUGCGCUCCGAAAAGACAUCCGAUUACCACUUUUUCCAACUACUAUUCUGUUUUCUUCCCCUUUGUGGCAUUCUUCUUCAAUGUCCUCGUCAUCAUCAACUUCAAACUACAACGAUCUCCAACCUAUGCCAAGAUCAAACGAAUCCUGCGAGGUGGUAAAGAAGAUCAGUUUGCAACAACUAUGCCUUCUGAUGUAUUAAAAGCAAAGAAGAAAACGGAAAGGAUGUUGAUGAUCCAAGCAUUUAUAACUGCUUUCUAUCUUUCUGUGUACGAACUAACUAGCUUGGUCUUACGCGUUGCACCGGAGAUCUUCAGCAGUUUGUCUCUCGAUGGUAAAAUGGCAUUCACCUAUUUUCGGUUGGCUCAAAUCCCAUGCCACGUCUUCUUGGUAUACUUCAUUUUCACUCCUGUUACCCGGAAGAUAUAUCUUGAUUUUCUCCGGCAGCGUGUUUUUUGUAUGAAGCCAGCGAAGAAGACAAUCAAAGUAUCUACAACUUCCACUUCAACGAGAAAAUGA